UCGGAAUUCAGCGCCACCUAUUGAGAGCGACAGCGACUAUGAGAUCGGUGCCAUUAGCUGGGCGAACUCGGCGUCUCCGUGCACUGACGAAGCGGACCGGCAAGCAAAACUAUACUGUGCGCCGAAGUUUUCAUCUGCCUGCUCGACGAAUUUCCGUUGAAUCCGGUUCUCCUCGGCAUUCGGUAACAUGCCUGUGCAUUGCUGCGUGCCGCUUUGCAACCAGCGAGGAGUUCUGGACGACAACGGCUCGAAGGUGUCGUUCUUCUGUUUUCCGAAGGAUCCGCAUCUGAAGAAGAAAUGGAUUGUAGCCAUUAAGCGCGAUGAAGGAAAGUUUUUUGUCGUGACGAAGCACACGAAGGUGUGCUCGAAUCACUUCACCGCCGACAGCUACUUGCCGAAUGUAGUCGGCGAUAGGCGUUACCUUCGGGUUGACGCCGUGCCGAGCGUGUUUGCCUUUGGAAAACCCAAGCCACCAGCAAGAAAAAAGCCGAAAGACCGACAGCAGUGUGUCGCGAAAAGAAAGCUGCUUUCCGCCGUCGGCCAGGCUAGCAGCUCCGGGUUCGCGUCACAACCACUGCUUUAUCCCAGUAGUGAUGUCGCAGCGUCGCGGGAUUCUUCAACAGCUGUUGAAACUAUGGACGCCACAGAGUGCGAAUCAAGUGUUUCAACGCCGGCCAGUGCGACCCACGUCCGAGACCACGAAGUGUGUGAUUGUGCAUGUGCAGGGUCGGUGUCGGAGAAAGAGCUCGUUGAAAAAAGUGGGUUUUUAAAACUCAAAUUUGAGCCUGGCGACUCGGUAAUGGCCGACAAGGGCUUCAAGAUACAGGACCUGCUCAGUGCAAAAUGA